ACAUGCUCACUGGACGCGGAGGGCACCGUCGGAGGUAGGGGCUGGUUCCGCCGGUGGGGGAGCCGCGCUUUCGCUCCGACCGGGCCGCGACAUGGCGCACCGCCCGUUCCCCGGUCGCAACUGGCCCUGAUAGCGGAGGUCGGGGAGGCAGCAGCGGACCGUGUGGCGACUGAAGGUUUCUCUGAAGAUUAAUCUUCAAGAUGAAGUUCUUACUAGUAGUUUUCUUUUUUGUCUCAUUCUCCUUAUGGGUUGAAGAAGUCUGUUCCAAAGAGAAGUCUUCAAAGAAAGGAAAGGGGAAAAAGAAGCAAUAUCUAUGUCCAUCCCAGCAAUCAGCUGAAGACCUUGCAAGAGUACCUGCUAAUUCUACCAGCAAUAUCUUGAACAGGCUAUUGCUUAGCUAUGAUCCUAGGAUAAGGCCUAAUUUCAAAGGAAUUCCAGUCGAUGUUGCAGUCAAUAUCUUCAUUAACAGCUUUGGGUCAAUUCAAGAGACAACGAUGGAUUAUAGAGUCAAUAUCUUUCUAAGACAGAAGUGGAAUGACCCCAGACUCAAACUGCCCAAUGAUUGGAGAGGUUCAGAUACGCUGACAGUGGACCCAACUAUGUUUAAAUGUCUUUGGAAGCCAGAUUUAUUCUUUGCAAAUGAAAAAAAUGCUAACUUCCACGAUGUCACACAAGAAAAUAUCCUUCUUUUUAUAUUCCGAGAUGGCGAUGUCCUAGUCAGCAUGAGAUUGUCUAUUACUCUGUCAUGCCCUUUGGAUUUGACCUUGUUUCCUAUGGAUACGCAACGCUGCAAGAUGCAACUGGAAAGCUUUGGUUACACAACUGAUGACUUACGGUUUAUCUGGCAGUCUGGAGAUCCUGUACAGCUAGAGAAAAUUGCUCUGCCUCAGUUUGAUAUUAAAAAGGAAGAUAUUGAAUAUGGUAACUGUACCAAGUAUUAUAAAGGCACAGGUUAUUACACUUGUGUAGAAGUAAUCUUCACUUUAAGAAGACAAGUUGGAUUUUACAUGAUGGGUGUUUAUGCUCCUACACUGCUAAUUGUUGUUCUGUCCUGGCUGUCAUUUUGGAUCAAUCCUGAUGCAAGUGCUGCAAGAGUCCCACUGGGUAUUUUCUCAGUGCUCAGCUUGGCAUCUGAAUGUACCACUCUUGCUGCUGAACUUCCCAAAGUGUCUUACGUGAAAGCCUUAGAUGUCUGGCUGAUUGUUUGCCUUCUCUUUGGGUUUGCAUCCCUGGUGGAGUAUGCAGUGGUUCAGGUAAUGCUAAACAAUCCAAAGAGAAUUGAAGCUGAAAAAGCAAAGAUUGCCAAGGCAGAGCAAGUGGAAGGGAAGGGUGGAAAUGCUGCCAAGAAGAACACUGUGAAUGGCACAGGGACCCCGGUCCACAUCAGCACUUUACAGGUUGGUGAGACCAGAUGCAAAAAAGUUUGCACUUCGAAAUCUGAUCUGAGAUCCAAUGAUUUCAGCAUUGUUGGAAGCUUGCCAAGGGAUUUUGAAUUAUCGAAUUAUGACUGUUAUGGGAAGCCCAUUGAAGUCAACAAUGGGCUUGGGAAAUCUCAAGCCAAGAACAAUAAGAAGCCUCCUCCUCCCAAGCCUGUUAUUCCAUCAGCAGCAAAAAGAAUCGAUCUUUAUGCAAGAGCACUGUUCCCUUUUUGCUUCUUGUUCUUCAACGUCAUAUACUGGUCCAUAUAUUUAUGAUAAAUCUUUUCUUUUUUCUUUUUUUUUUCAUAUGUGUGAAAUAUAUCCCAUUUCAUUACCCCUUCCCAGUCAUGAAGGCCACUGUGUGAAAUUAUUUGCAUUUGCAAAGCAAUAUGUUGCAUUUUGAUGCCAUGCGAUUGUACUGAACAUGUGGCAUCUGAAAUUUGAAUGAAAGCAUGACACUGCAAUAUCUGUGCUCCAACCAACCGUGUAUAUAAAUGUACAGCAUACAUCCUGCUUUAGGAAUAUAUAUAAAGGACAGUGCAUACUACAUUAUAAAGACGAUUAACGCUCUUCCGUUAUUAGUAACAUACAGAGAUCUAAAGUGUUUCUGACAAUGAAACUGAUGUGCACGUUGAGUAUUAUUAAAAUCAGUAUUCUAGUAUAUGUAGCAUUUAACAGCUUCUCUGCUGACUUCCAGAGGGGGAAAAAAUAAAAACACAAAACAACAGGAGGAUGAACAUCUUGUUCUUGUAUAAUUUUAGAUGGCACUGUUGAAGAAAAAAGCUAAGAUGCAAUUUGCAUUAAUUAGACUUUGUAAGUGAAGGCAAUGCUGGAUAAGCUGAUCUUGUCUAUGUGGAAAAAUAAAGAUCAGAAUUACUAAUUUUGUAAAAUCAGCUCAUUUAGGGAAAAAAACAC